CCUCUCCACUCUCUCUCUCGCCUUCUCUGUAACUUCUCAGCCCUUCAAAAGCGCACGCUCUCACCGUAAGUUCUCUUUCUCCUAACUUCUAUUCUUCUAUUCUCCGCUCCGUUCCGUUCAUCCUUAUCUCCUCUACUCUCUCUCCAGACGAUUUUUCAGUUCCUAGUUUCUUCUAAUUGACACUGUCCUGUGAAACCAUGUGUUCUUUUUGUCUGUGUUUCGACUUCUGAGCAUAAUCAUUGGGCGAGAACAACUAGGGUUUGAUAUGGAUUUAGUAGUGCCCGCAAGAUUAACCCAUGAAGGGUUUUGCCCGUUUCCUUGUAUUCAUGGCCAUGGCGGCAAGAAACUUGGAUUUGUGGGUGCGAGAGUUGGGUCUGGCGUUUCUUCCAAUUUCAGUUCAUUGAGGACCUUCGUUGCCCACAAAGCUCGUAUUCUUUACUUGUAUGUUGAUACUUGUGGCGGGUUUCGGAAACAGGGGCUUAAUAGGGUGUGUGCUGUUUCUAAGGUUGAAAAUUUUAGUUCUGACAGCCGGUGGUUGAAUUCUGAGAAGACCGAAUAUGGGUUUCAGGAGGAUUCUUCCCCCAAUUUUGAAGAAUUCGAGAGUAAUAUUCAUCUCCGCCGGUUAGUGAGAAAUGGGGAAUUGGAAGAGGCUUUUAGACACCUUGAAAGCAUGGUGUAUCACGGGGAUAUUCCUGAUAUCAUCCCUUGCACGAGUUUGAUUCGGGGGUUUUGUCGACUUGGGAAGACUAAGAAGGCUACUAGGGUUAUGGAGAUUGUUGAGGAGUCCGGGGCUGUUCCCGAUGUUAUAACUUAUAAUGUGUUGAUUAGCGGUUACUGCAAGUCGGGGGAGAUUGAUAGCGCCUUGAAGGUGUUAGACCGAAUGAGUGUUGCCCCAGAUGUUGUUACCUAUAAUACGAUCUUGCGUAGUUUGUGUGAUAGUGGGAAACUGAAACAGGCGAUGGAGGUUCUUCAUCGGCAGUUGCAAAGGGAGUGCUAUCCUGAUGUGAUCACAUACACCAUAUUGAUUGAAGCGACUUGUAAGGAGAGCGGGGUUGGGCAGGCGAUGAAGCUCCUUGAUGAGAUGAGGAGCAGAGGUUGUAAACCGGACGUGGUCACUUACAAUGUUCUCAUUAAUGGGAUCUGCAAGGAAGGGAGAAUAGAUGAAGCUAUCAAGUUCUUGAACGGCAUGCCUUCUUAUGGUUGCCAACCAAAUGUCAUCACUCAUAACAUAAUCUUGCGGAGUAUGUGUAGCACUGGGAGAUGGAUGGAUGCUGAGAAACUAUUGGCUGAGAUGCUUCGAAAAGGAUGUUCUCCUAGUGUUGUUACAUUCAACAUCUUGAUUAAUUUUUUGUGCCGAAAGGGAUUGCUGGGCAGAGCCAUUGAUAUUUUGGAAAAGAUGCCCAAGCAUGGAUGUACUCCAAAUUCUUUGAGUUACAAUCCGUUGCUUCAUGGGUUUUGCAAAGAGAAGAAGAUGGACAGGGCGAUUGAGUACUUGGAAAUAAUGGUAUCUCGGGGGUGUUAUCCCGAUAUUGUGACCUACAAUACCUUGCUUACGGCGCUAUGCAAAGAUGGAAAAGUUGAUGUAGCAAUUGAGAUUCUUAAUCAGCUGAGUAGCAAAGGCUGCUCUCCUGUUUUGAUCACUUACAAUACAGUGAUUGAUGGGCUCGCCAAGGUUGGGAGAAUAGAAUCGGCUAUAAAAUUGUUGGAUGAGAUGCGGGAAAAGGGUCUCCAACCUGAUAUAAUCACCUACUCUUCCCUUGUGGGAGGGCUCAGUAGAGAAGGGAAGGUAGACGAAGCCAUUAAGUUCUUCCAUGACUUGGAGGGACUCGGUAUCAGGCCUAAUGCGAUCACUUACAAUGCUGUAAUAUUGGGGCUUUGCAAGACUCGCCAGACUGGUCGUGCCAUCGACUUCUUGGCUUCCAUGGUGUCCAGAGGGUGCAAGCCCACCGAAGCAACGUAUACCAUCCUCAUCGAAGGCAUCGCUUACGAAGGUCUAGCAACCGAGGCACUGGAGCUGUUGAAUGAGUUGUGCUCCAGGGGAGUUGUGAAGAAAAGUUCAGCAGAACAGGUGGCUGUCAAGAUGUAGAUUGAGAAAUAUUGCCAUAUUUUGCUCUGCGCUUGCUAAUUUAGGCUAUUCUCUGAACUUAGGCUCUCUCUCUCUCUCUCUGCACUUUUUGCUUGUGUUUCCAGAUGGGUUUUACUCUGUUCUAGUUGUUCUUGCGUCAAACUUAUUUUAGUCAUCAAUGGGGGACAGGGAGACCCAAUUCAUUUUUGUCUCUGCAGAUUUUUAUUUGCUUUUCAUACUAUGUAAUUCUUUGGGCCUUUUUGGCA